AUAAUGAAGGCUUUUAGCAUGCUGUCGGCUUCUCUAGCCUUCCAUCUCACAAAUGCCUACCUAGUCAAUCCUCCUGGCGCCGCCGCCCCUGGGGCUACCUCGAGUUGCAGUGGAUGGGUUCAACAGUCGUAUUCCCUGACUUGUAAGCUCAUCGAGCAGCUCUAUGGCAUGACUGAGGCCCAGUUUGAGUCAUGGAACCCCAGUGUCACCCUAUUGGGGGAUGGUUGUAACCUCAUCUCUGGGCUCUACUAUUGUGUAGAGGUCAACUUUGUGACCAUAUCUGUCCCGCCCACAGUCCCGCCAACUUCCACCACAACUCGGAGCGCCACCACUACAUCGAAGGGGAAUGGCAUCACUACUCCAACGCCCACACAGAGUGGCAUGGUUAGUAAUUGCAAUAAGUUCUACCAAGUUGUUAGUGGAGACGGCUGUUUUGAUAUUGCUGCCGCCAACAACAUCGCCCUCAAUGAUUUUUACUCUUGGAAUCCAGCGGUGAAGACCGACUGUACGGGCCUCUUUGCAGGUUAUUACGUCUGUGUCGGGAUCAUCGGAACUAUAUCCAGUUCGGCAUCAAGUACGACCACGGUGAAGAGCACAACGACAUCUUCUGGUGGUAAUGGAAUUACGACUCCAACUCCAACUCAAACCGGCAUGGUUAAAAACUGCAACAAAUUCUACCUUGUUGCCAGUGGAGACAGUUGUCCUAACAUUGCUACAGCUAAUAAAAUCGCCCUCAAUGAUUUUUACGCUUGGAACCCAGCGGUGAAAACCGACUGUACAAGCCUCCUCGCAGGUUAUUACGUCUGUGUCGGGGUUACUGUAUCAAGUACGACGCUGGUGAAAAGCACAACGACAUCUUCGGGUGGUAAUGGCAUUGCGACUCCGACUCCAACUCAAACUGGCAUGAUUAAAAACUGUAACAAAUUCUACCUUGUUGCCAGUGGAGACAGUUGCCCAAACAUCGCUACGGCUAAUAAAAUCGCCCUUGCGGAUUUUUACUCAUGGAAUCCAGCAGUAAAGACCGACUGUACAAGCCUCCUCGCGGGCUAUUACGUUUGUGUUGGUGUCCAGGGCUCAACGACAACCAAAAGCUCCACGUCGACCAAGAGCUCUACAGCAAUAGCCACGCCGACGCCGUAUCAGUCAGGCAUGACGAGCAAUUGCCGUGGUUUCCAUCUAGUCGUCAGCGGAGAUAGCUGUUCCGCCAUUGCUACCGCUGCUGGCAUUUCUCUGACGAAUUUCUAUUCAUGGAACCCAGCUGUAGGGACAAGCUGCAGCUCCUUAUGGUUAGGCUAUUAUGUCUGCAUCGCAAUUAAAUAG